AAUUUCUGGCGAGGGAGGAGCGUCAUUGCGCCAAGCCCUGCUCCAUCAAUUAUUUCAUCGCAACACUCGACGGACACGCCAUCCUCCAUGUUCCCGGCCCAUGUCUUGUAGGGGCGCUUUUUCUUCUUAAUUUGUAGUUUAUCUCCCCCUCUUCCAUCACAAUGCUGCCUCGAGCCGCCUUCCGCGCACUGCGCACCCGGCCCGCACUGGCAGCUCCGCGCAUCGCACCUAUAGCUUCCAUCUCGCAAUGGACGCGCACCUACGCCAAAGUCGGCAAGCCAAAAGACAACACAUGGAAACCCUCAGACCCCAUCAAGUUCGACGAGAGCAACAAAGCGCGGCCCAACCCAGUAAACCCUUCAGAGCAGCCCGAGUUCGACACUGCGGCGGCACCCGAGAAAAACACAACACCGACACGGCCCUCAAGACCAGUGGAGAGUGCAACCCAGGCCUCGAAAGAUGCGGGCAGUGACUUCAAACUGGGCGAGCAGGAAGAGAUGUCGGGACCCAAGUCGCCCAGCGAGAACACAGACCCCACCACCGAAAGCCCAGAGUCGCAACAACCACAGAAGCCGCUGCCAGAUCUGCGAUACGGAAUCCCCUCGACCUUCGCUGAGGAGCAUGCCGAAGCCGAAGGCAAGGCCAAGAGAGACCCGAACGACCCAAAUGAAUUCUACGAGGACCCCACACCAGGCGCUGCGGGCGGUCGAGAGGGCGGUGGUGGCGGCGAACUCCCCAAAUCCGCAUACGAGACCAGUACCGACAGGCGGCGGAAUCGCGUUGCCAACUGGUCCUAUCUCGCCAUGCUACUCUUCGGUACAACGGGUGCAGUCUUCAUGGGCAGGAACUGGGAGAAUGAAGAAGAGGAAGCAGCUCACAUUGAUGCUCCAAACGGUUGGACAUUGGGAGGCAUGUACGCUCGUGCAGCCGCCCGCAUCAACGGACAAAAGGCAUACUACACAGAGCCCACCUUCCAGAAGUUGCUACCAGACAAGGAAAAGAUUCCUGGAGGCGCGCCCGAACUUACUCUGGUGCUGAGUCUGGAGGACCUCCUGCUACACUCAGAAUGGACCACCAAGCAUGGCUACCGACUAGCCAAGCGACCCGGUCUCGACUACUUCCUACGAUACCUCAGCUCACAAUACGAGCUCGUCAUCUUUACCUCCGUCAAGUCCAUGGAUGCCGACCCCAUCAUUCGCAAGCUUGAUCCAUUCCGUCUCGUCAUGUGGCCACUCUUCCGUGAAGCUACUCGCUUCGAAAAGGGCGAGUACAUCAAGGACCUUUCCUACCUCAACCGUGAUCUUUCCAAAGUCAUCAUGAUCGACACCGACCCCUCGCACGUCAAACUCCAGCCCGAAAAUGCCAUAAUCCUGCCCAAGUGGAAGGGAGAACCCGGAGACAAGGGCCUCGUAGCCAUGAUUCCUUUCCUUGAGUACCUCGCCAUGAUGUCUCAAACCGGCACCCCAAUCGACGUACGCACCGUUCUCAAGUCCAUGGAAGGCAAGGACAUUCCCGUCGAGUACGCUCGUCGUGAAGCCAAACUCCGCGAACAGUUCCAGCGCGAUCUCCAAGAACAGAAGAAGAAGACCAAGGGAAGCGCAGGCGGCAUGUUCAUGAAGAGUUUGGGUCUUGACGGGCCGAAGCAGGGCAUGGUUCUCGGUGACCAAAACAUCAGCCAGGGAAUGUCAGAGGGCAAGAUGAUGAUCGACAUGUACCGCGAUUUUAACAAGCAAAACUACAUGCACCUAGACAAGCAAAUUCGCGAGAACGGAGAGCAAUGGCUCAAGGAGAUGGCUGAGGAGGAAAAGAAGAUGCAGGAAGCUCAACUCAACGACAUGAAGGCAGGCGCGUUCAGCUGGUUGGGUGGUUCAGCGCCUCAAACAGCCACUGUACCCUCAGCGGCGAGCGCCCCGGAGGCGGCGGCAAGUCAUCAGGAGGGUGUUCAGCCGACGCAGACACGGUAGAGAGUUUCCGGAAUGUACGUCUAAGGAUUUGAAAGAUACCACGAAAAGAUACCGUUCCACUCUUAUGCAGGCAGCACUGGAGUACUUCAUCUGGAUAUGGGUGUCUUGGGUACUCACGAUAUGUACUAUAUAUGUUGAAAUACAGUAUCACGAAUGCAUAGCAAUAUGUUGCGA